UUUGAGCAGUUUCACCUUCUAACAAUGGUCCCCGUGUGUGCACUGUUAGUGCUGCUACUGAAAGCCAGUGAAGCUGUGACAAGUAUGAACAAUCGUUACCGUAUAAAAAUUGAUUACAUUGAUUAUGGAGCAAUGUUCUAUCAGACUUACGGCCCCUCAGGGGAAUAUCUGUUGGACUAUAAUGGGAAUGAGAUGUUCCAUGUGGAUUUGGAGUCAAAGUCAGUGGUUUGGACGCUGCCCGGGCUGGAGAAAUACACAUUAUUUGAUCCACAGGCAGCCCUGCAGCAGAUUAAUGUAGCGAAAUAUAACUUGGACAUCAGGAUAAAGCGUUCAAACCACACAGUGGCGCCUAAUAUUCCUCCACUGGUCAGUGUUUAUAUUUCAAAUGCUGUAGUACUGGGCGAACCCAACAUCCUCAUCUGCUGUACAAAGAACAUUUUUCCUCCAGUGAUGAACACAACCUGGAUUAAAAAUGGGGAAAUAAUAAGAGGAUUUAAAGAGACAAGCUACCUGCCUGCACAGGACGGCACCUUCCGAAAGUUACAUUAUUUGGCUUUCAUACCAAAUGAUCAUGAUAUUUACACAUGUGAAGUUGAACACUGGGGUUUGGAAAGACCAACAAAGCGUAUCUGGAGUGGAUUGAACGCUGGACACAUCCGGACCUGUGAUUACUGGAGCGUACUGCCGAUGGAGGAUACUCUGACGUUUGAUGUGGACGUCUCGCGAGAGUUCGCAUUCUCCCAGGAAGACGCGGCGCGCAUACUGUUUACUGAAUCGGUGAUCACACAGGAGGCUGGUGCUGUAUUUGUGUAUCCAUCGGCCUUGGAAACAAGGAGAUUGAUUUGUAACAGUUUUUUAACUCACUUCAAUGGAAUAUGAGCACAGAUUAAAUGCACAGUAUUUUGCUGACACCUAUUGACACAAAUACGAAGAACAUGAAGGCUCAACACCCAUCUCAGAGGCAUACCAAAAUGUGAUUUGUGCAUUAGGGCUGACAGUUGGAAUAAUUGGGAUUAUUG